AUGACGUGGUUCCGCGCCCAUGGUGUGCGUGUGGACAAUACUGAUGCAUCAAUUGUGAUACCUAUCAAACAUGGAGCGGACUCGGUGAUUCUGCAAGGGUACCAAGAUAGUGAUCAAGUUGUCGAUGCUGAGGCCCACGUGGUGUUUGCUGUCAAUGUUGCACAAGUGUCCAAUGCAAAAGAAAAUGACAUGCAGGGUGUACAAGAUCCGCCUUUGGUGCCAAUGCGUUAUGAAGAGGAGGUUGAAAACAUUUCUGGAAUCGAUGACAAGCUGGAUACACAAGAUCUGCCGCCGGAGUUCAAGGAAUUAUUGCAACAAUAUGCGCAUUGCUUUGUUGAAAUCGGUGGUUUGGGUCGUGUGCAACAUGUCAUGCAUGAAAUCCCGCUCAAGGACAAGACACCAAUUCGAUCGAAACCUUAUCGCCUCACUUGGGAAGAAGAAAAGUACUUGCGGGAAGAAUUGGGAAACUUGCUGGAACUUGGUCUCAUCUCUCCAUCCGAUGGUCAAUGGACAUCACCCAUUUUCUUUGUCAAGAAGAAAGAUGGCAAGCUGCGAUUAGUGGUGGAUUACAGGAAGCUCAACUCCCAAACUGUCAAGGAUGCUUACCCAUUACCCAACAUUGAUGAUGUACUUGGAUCCAUGGGAGGUGCACGUUAUUUUUCAACAUUGGAUGCAGCAAGCGGUUACUGGCAAAUCCCGAUGUCCAAGGAUGCAGCUGAAAAAUCGGGAUUCGUUUGUCCAUAUGGUACCUUUACUUGGAAUGUGAUGAGCUUUGGUUUGACGUCCGCACCCUCCACCUUUCAAAGAGCAAUGAAUUACAUUUUGGCACCAUUCAUUGGUCGAUUUGUAUAUUGCUUCAUUGACGACAUCAUCAUUUUCUCUCGCAAUCUUCAAGACCAUUUGGAUCAUCUCAAGCAAGUAUUCGAAGCCUGUCAUCAAGCAAACCUAAGGCUAAAAAUGAGCAAGUGCAAGUUCGCUCAGGACCAAGUUGAAUACCUCGGGCAUAUUGUUUCAGAACGCGGUGUUUCGCCAUCUCCAAGAAAUGUCCAAAAGAUCCAAGACAUGCCCCCACCAAGAUCUGUCGGCGAUGUAAGAUCUUUCAUGGGCCUUACAGGGUACUAUCGAAGAUUCAUUCCCAAGUAUGCAGAUUUGAUGGCGCCUGUUUCAGAUCUGCUGAAGAAGAACAAGAUAUUUAAAUGGGAGGAACCACAGCAAGAAGCCUUCAAUCAAGUCAAGAUGUACCUUGUCCAUUAUCCCACCAUGGCGUUUCCCGAUCAAGAUCAAGUCCAAGUCCUCACCACCGAUGCUUCCCAUUUGAGAUUGGGUGCCGUGUUAUCUCAACACCCACAUGGAGAACCCGAGAAGGAGACUGUCAUCUCGUACGACUCAAGAAUCUUACGUGGCCCUGAGACAAGAUAUUCGGCGGUGCAUCAAGAAGCUUUGGCUGUUUGUUGGGCUGUCCACAAGUAUCGCCACUAUCUUGCUGGACGACACUUUAUCCUCAGGACCGACAAUGCAGCUGUUUCUUUCGUCAUCAACAACACGAAGCCAUCCAAGUUGCAACGUUGGGCCGCUUUUCUUCAAGAUUUUGACUUUGAAGUCCACCAUGUUCCUGGAAGAACCAAUCCUGCCGAUGCUCUCUCUCGAUUGGUGACACCCGAUACUCCAUCAAUGUAUCACAUUACGGUUGAUGCACCCGACGAAGUCCUUCGACACGUUCUUUUGGAUGAAGAAGCUGACUCCGAUUUGAUCAAGGAGGUGAUACCAGCAAGAAAUCAAUGUGCUUUACGGGACCUCGAGAUGUUGGCGGAUGUUGCGAUGCAUGUAAGUAAUCGGGAAAGGGGCACUAACGAGUGGUUUUGGGUUUCCGAAUUAAUGGAUCACGAUGAUGAAAUGGAUGGAAGCUUCUUACCAUAUUCUCCUUGUGAGGAUGAGUACGAAACAGCAAGUGAGAGCUCCAAUCCUGAUCUGAGUAUCCAAUGGAGGGACCUAGGCCGCUCAAGCACCCUUCCAGAUGACAAGAACCAAGAACCCACGCCAUAUGAUAUGCCGGGCCCCAAGCUUGAACACGUUGAUGAUGACUUCAUAACAAGGUUGGACCAUAUCUUUGAUGAAAAGAUAUAA